CGAUUUUGUCCCUGAUCUAAUCGGUCCUCACUUUUGCCCUCGCCGCCUGAGCGCCAGUGCAAAGGGGAACGCCGAGUACGCCGCCGCCGCCGCCGCGCCGCCCGCCGCCGCGGCCCUCUCUGCUGCUGCCUCGCUCUAGGGUUCGUCCAAGGGGGGGGGGGAGAGAGAGAGAGAGAAGGGCGGCUCUCAGCGCGAGCAGCGGCGGGGCUUCCCCUUCCCGUCCGAGUGCCGCGCGCAUCCAGGGCCUUCGAGGUGCUUGCUGCGUGAUGGAGCCGGAGGCAAUGCCGGCGCCUGACCCCAACGACGCGAGGCAGCGGUUCUUGUUGGAGCUCGAGUUCAUCCAGUGCCUCGCAAACCCUACCUACAUCCACUAUCUAGCACAGAAUAGGUACUUUGAGGAUGAGGCAUUUAUCGGGUAUCUCAAGUAUCUCAAAUACUGGCAGCGUCCGGAGUACAUCAAAUACAUAAUGUAUCCGCACUGCCUUUUCUUUCUUGAGCUCCUCCAAAAUGCGAAUUUCCGGAAUGCAAUGGCCCAUCCAGCAAGCAAGGAAGUUGCUCAUAGGCAGCAAUAUUUCUUCUGGAAAAACUAUAGGAACAAUAGGUUGAAGCACAUCUUACCCCGCCCUCCUCCUGAACCAACUCCGGCACCUGCACCUGCACCUGCACCAGCAACAGUGCCCCCAGCAGCACCAGUGCCGUCGACCGUGGUUCCACCUGUUGCUGCACCAUCAUCAUCUUUGCCACCUAUGUCAGCAGCUGGUGCAUCUGCAAUGUCUCCUAUGCAGUUUGCAGGAACCCCUGGCACCAAUAUCCCAAAGAACGACAUGAGAAAUGUCAUGGGUGGACAGGGUGGUAGAAAGAGAAAGAUGGGCUAGUGGAACUGUGGAACAUGCUGGUCAACUUUAACAGACAGACAACAUUGUAUGCAAGUGAAGAGUAAUCUUCAUAUUUAUUUCCUCGUAGGCCUUUUUUUGCAGCAAUUUAGAAGCUAACAGUUACUCCUAUUUGUGCCGCUGGAGAUGUAAUUUGGAUAACAAUAUGUCCUGUACGCUUGGCCCUUGAAUGAUUGGCUCAUCUAUGUGGCCUUGUAAUUAUAGGAGUACUAAUUUUUUGGUCACUGGAAGAUCACUGAAAACGCCAGAGAAUCCACAGUAAAAGCCUGUUUCACAGAGCCCAUAUUUUCAGGGUACGAUGAAGUGGUUACGCUCGGUA